AACAAUGAAAUUGGGUAUAUCUAUGCCCGAAACAUUAGGGCUUUUGGACAGAGAUAGCGAGAAAGAAUGGCGACGCUCACGCAGCAAAAGAGUUUGAUCCAUGGCCUCCCCGAUCAUCUGGUACGCGAUGAAAUCCUCACAAGGGCGAGCUCGUGGUGGGAUUGCCGCUCCAUUCGAGCGGUGAGCAAGGGCUGGAGAGGCGCAUUGCAGCUGGAAUCCGAUUGCCCCAAGAAGAUGUUCGCGGCGAUCCAUAGAAUUCCCUCUCCGGAAUCACAAUCGGCGCUGGAAUUCGCGGUCUCGGUGUAUGAUCCAGAGCUGGGGAGCUGGGAGCAAUUGCCGCCAAUUCCUGGUGUCCCUGGCGGCGUGCCCAUGUCGGCGCGAUGCAUUUGCGUGGAGGGCAAGCUCUUUGUUCUCGGCGGUAGGGCUCUUCCCAGCUUGGAGUUUCUUGACAGCGUCUUCGCGAUGGAUUUGCGAGCGUACAAGCGGCGAUGGAUUCGCUGCGCUGGUAUGCGCCAGGCGAGGGCUGGAUUCGCGUGCCUGGCCUGGAAGGACAAGAUUAUCGUCGCCGGCGGCCAGGGUGGCGACGACGAUCGAUUGGCGCUCUCUUCCGUGGAGGCCUACUCGAUCGACAGGGAUUGCUGGAACGAUCUGCCGGAGCUGGAGAUCCCCCGGGCGGAUUGCACAGGGGCGGUGAUCGAGAAUGGGAUCAUGUGCGUGGUCGGCGGGUUCACGCUCCUCCCCUGCGAUCACGGGGAUCAGCAGAUAUGGCUGAAUUGCAUGGAGGUUUUGGAGAUUGGGAGGCGCGAUUGCCGGUGGGAGACCGUGGAUUCCGGCAGCAGCAACAGGGAUGUGCUCCAGUCGUGCGUGAUCUCCUCGGGCGUGCUCCAUAGGGCUCCUCACCCGGCGGCGAUGGAGAGGAUGCUGGGUCGGUGUGAGCGGCGGUGGUGGACGGCUGUGAAUGGGAGGAUUUGCUGCCCCGCUGGGAGGCCGCCAUCGUCUAGCUCGGAUUGCGAGGAUGAGGAGGAGGAAGGAGAGGAUUUGCUGCUCAUGGGGAUUGGAGAGGGCAGUGACGAGUACGUGACCCGGUGCUGCCAAAUCGUGGAUGAUCAUCGCCGGACGUCGACUUCGUUGUGUCGGGCAAAGAUUGCCAAGAACAAACGAAUUUGGGAAGAGAUUGAGAUGCCGUUUGAGCUACUUCCAACGGUCUCUUGCUGUUCCAUCACGCUCUAGAAGUACAGGGGAAAGAAUAUCCUUUACCAUUUUCUAAAUCUAAAUCAGAGCUUUGUUAACAAUGCUUGAAUGCUUGAUUAAAAUGCUUGAAUCAAAGCUGAAUUUUACAACUGGUAUACCAUAACCUUGUCCCAAAUUGCUAUAAGAGCAAUCAAAAUGAUUGUCAUAUUAGGCA